UACUUGAAUUACGCGGCCUGGGAGUCAGUGGACCUGUCCGUCUCUAUUAACGCUAUCGACCACCAACUCAAAGCUUGCCCACCUUCUAAAUGACCAUCCCUGACAUGAACUCAAUCGCUCAUCCUCAGGAGAGGCGGUUCAAUCCAUACACAGAAAACGGCGGCACAAUUCUUGCUAUUGCUGGUGCAGAUUUCAGUGUUAUUGCUGGCGACACACGACAGAGCGAAGGAUAUUCAAUUCAAACGCGAUACGCACCAAAAGUAUUUCGGUUAACCGAUCGCGCGGUGCUGGCUGUGAAUGGAUUCGCAGCAGAUGGCAAUAUGUUUGUGAAGAAAGUGAAACAACGUCUGGAGUGGUACCGUCACGCUCAUGCGAAAGAUAUGCCUCUGCGGGCAAUAGCAAGAUUAAUUCAAACGAUGCUUUAUGCACGUCGCUUCUUUCCCUACUAUGUAUAUAACAUUCUGGGUGGUAUCGAGGAGGAUGGCACUGGAGCCGUGUAUUCGUUUGACCCCGUGGGCUCGUAUGAACGAGAGGCCUGCCGUGCUGCAGGUGCUGCUCAGUCAUUAGUCCAGCCAUUCCUGGAUAACCAGAUCUACUUCAAGAACCAACAAGCUGCGCAGGGGACCUCACAUCCGGCACAUCUACCGCUGGAGACUGUCUUGUCGAUAGUUAUUGACUCCUUUACGAGCGCUACUGAGCGCCACAUUGAGGUCGGCGAUGGCCUUGAAAUCUUCAUCGUACUCGCCAAAGGACGUAAUCUACAGGGUACGGAAAGCGUCCGGGGUUUGCAAGAGUUAACCGUGUCGGAAGAUGGCGAACGCUUAUUUGUUAUGAGGAGGGAUUUGAAGAAAGAUUAAAUUGCUCGCACUCUAGAUCACUUUCCCUCGCUGAAUAUAUAUGCCUGGUCGACAGUAGAGGUGUCUUUGAGAAUGUACAGAAUACAAACGGAAACACUGCAACUAUCGGAGGCCUGAAGAGCUAAGGUGGCCAUAAAAGCUAUCAUGUAGCGAUUUCGUCGAGUACGCAAUUAGCACGUGUAAGAAUUUUGCGUGACGACAUGCCACGAAUGCCUGAUCUACCCGGUCGGGCACCCCAAGGCAGCAAUUAGGUGGGACGUCGAACGCUGAACCCUGGAACAUGGCAAUCAUGAUUGGGACGUGGACAUGCUGAUUUCGUGUUGGACUAGAGACGGAAAUGAAGACAGCCAAACACAAAGCCCGCAUUUAUGUGCGUGAGUUAUUUUC